GUAGUCGCAGCGUUAAUUCACAAUUUUUGAAAAUUCAAUUCACGAUUUUUGAAAACUCAGUUCACGAUUUUGAGCAACCAGUUUACGAUUUUUAAUCCAUCAAUUCACUUUUUUUUUUUUUGUUUUUCAAAAAAAAAUAAAGAGUCGUUUUACUUGAAAAGACGCAGUUAAAAUGGAAUCAAUGGAUACAGUGAUGUACUUAACAGCUUACUAUGGAAAGGGAAAGUUAGUUGAUGAGAAUGAGGAUGUACCAAUGGAAGAAGUUAAUUCGUAUUAUUUACAAACAUUAACUAAUUUCACAACAUAUAAGGAAUAUGAAAAUGAUCGUGAAAAAGAAGAAGAAAGAAAAAAAAAAGUAGAAAAGGAUCUUCAAGAUCAAAUAAAAGGAAUUCAAGACAAAGUUGAUCAUCAAAGGGAUGUCAAGGUUAAAGGAAAAUAUACCAAGUACACAAUCGAACAAAAAGUCUUAUUUUUAUAUUAUUUGAAAAUCAAACUUGUUAAAACUGUCAUUGCAUCCAGACGUGCAGAUAUGGAAUACCUUUCAAACUGUGUUUUUGUAAAUGAAUCUGGAUUCAGUAUAAACUUGUCACCACCUGCAAUUUGGACAAAAGUUGUUGGUGAAGAACCAUAUUUAGAAGGUAACGGAUCAAGUAAUAGCAAAAUACAUUCAGUGAUUGGAGCAAUAUUUCCGGGAGGUGUUCUUCAAAUGGAGUUGAGAACAACCCAAGAGGAAAGCCAAUUAGUGAAGAUACUCAAGCAAGAUGAUAUUUAUUAUAUUCAAGGUAGUAUAAAGAUUUAG